AUGUACUUUGUACAGUUCGAGCGGCCACCGCGCGUCCUGACCGAAGAAGCACCUUUUAUGCGAACAUGGAUUACUGGCGCCAUAACCAUUGCAACGCAGCCGAAUGGGACUAUAUACGACCAAGACAUCACGCUCAAGGCCAGUCUGUUGUCAUCGAAUGACGACGAUACGCCUUGUCUGACGGAGUCGUAUGAGUGGCGUGCUGGCAUGACAAGACUCCCCAUUGUGUUUGACGUAAGCAAUGGGGUGAUAUGGCCCGUCAGAGUCCUCGUCUGUGCGGAUGGUCAGGAGAGCGGCAGCUUAUCGCCGUUGGCGACACCUUCAUUGAACAGGACCCCACGAGUGUGUCUUGCUUGGAGUCCAGCGUUCGACAAUCUGAAUCCGAUUGCUAGCGAUGAGAGAGUCGAGAGACGUUUCAAGCUCUCAAGCAAACGGACACUCCGGGCUUGGGAGAGUUGCGGACAGAAUUCUGCCCAGAUAAAAUCUAGUGGUGUUGUGCUGCUUUCACACUUGGACGACGUCAUUGGUCUCAGAACUGACGGAGUAAAGCAGAUGGAGCAGAAAUUUGCCCUAGCUGCAUCGAAGAAGCUGAGCAUCAUCGAUAUGAGCCAGAACUGCGGUGCUAUUGGUAUCACCGUCGCGCAGCUCAUACCCGAUUCCAACGUCGUUAUCCUGGACGAUGCCGAAGCUCUGCCGACGAUCGAAGACAACAUCCGAAUGAUGUCUCCGGCUUUCGCAUCUACCGUUCGAUUCGGGGACUGGAACUCUUCUUCCAUGGGAGACCGUGGAAGUCCGGGCAGACCAGUCGAUAUGAUCUUCUCAACAGCUGCUCAAUUCAACGACGACAAAUCUCUCCGGACCGUUGAGAUUCUCGGCAAAAUGAUUGAGCGAUCGCCAAAAGCAGUCGUGGUGCUUGUAGAGGAAGAAAUUGUAGGAAACGCGAAGACGUCGCACGGCGUCGGUAGAUCUUCUCCGCUCGCUACAAUGCUACGCGAACGUGGCCACAAGCUUCGGGGGAGUGAAACGUUUCCUGGAGAUCCAGCGCUACCGCAGUACCAUGUAAUGGUCUUUCACGGAAGCAACCGAAGAUGA